AAGUCUAGCCAGUAUUUUUUUUCUCCUUCUCGGCGAUACAAUAGAUGCAAUCAUAACUUCAUAACUUAGCUCCUCUGUCCUGGCUCCCACCGGUAAGCACUUGCUCAGGAUGCCCCAACCCCUAUAGUUGACCACAUCUACCGACACUGUGCGUCAAGCCAACCCAUUGCCAGAAUCUAUGAUUCUUCGAACAUAUCCAUUUUGAGUAUCGCUUACUCAUCAAUUUUAUUUUAUUUUGAAAAAGACCUUCCCUCUUUGAACGAGGAUUAUAUGGGUCUCACCCGUUACAACGCACAUAGUGAGAGCCCGUGAUUUUGGCUUCCUCAUUCGGACCAGCACCCGGUCCAAUCCGGGGGGGAUGCUUAACAUCCGAACAAUGCCAAAUGCCCGGCAGAUAAUUAAACCGAAUCCAGCGAGAGUGAACACUGAAUAGUGUGGACAGCGCCUGACUGAACUCGGUAUUCCUACCGGAACCGAGGAAAUGCACUGGUAUCAUACAAGUGCUCGUACUUGUAACUCAGCCUUGGGUCCCAACCAAUUCCGUGCCCAGAACCAAAGAUUGCAUUAGGCAAACGCCCAUCACCAAAACACAAAGGUCUUCCAAAUCCAGCUGAAAAAUCACAAAGGAAAAUACCCCAAAGUGGACAAUUAGGCAUCAUAGGAGCUCGCUGGCGCCGUAUGUACUUGUACCUCGGUUCCAAAAACAUUCUUCCGGGCCGGAAAAAAAAAAGCUUAAAUUAAAUACAAUCUCACCCCUUUUUAAGUUUCUCUCUCACCCCCACCCCCACCCGUGGAAACUAACCCCUAGCGCGGACAGUAGAAGAGAUAUCGCAGGUUGCAAUUGAAGAAUUGGAGGAAAAAAAGCGCAAAUAAAACACCAUGGCCGAUUUAGUGAAUGAGUAUAUUGGGGCUUAUAGGGAGAUGUAUUACUUGUCCCCGCAUUCCCCUCCUCUCCCCGCCCCAGCCCAGGCAUAGCCUUACGAACCUAGCUAUUUUCUGAGGGAACCAUCGGUGGAGCGCUAACAUCUGCCUUAGGGACUACGAAAAAUUAACCAACCUCUGGCACCCCGAGUACACCUUCGCCGACCCUGCAUUCCCUGACUUGAACAGCCUCCGCAGUCGCGCCAUGUUCCACAUGUUCAUCACGAACCGCGACAAGAACAAGAUGGUCGUCACGCACACCACCCCUGCUAUACCCGGUCCGAAGGAGAACACAUAUAUCACGACAUACACAUGCGACUACCUUUACGGGACCGCGCCCGUGCACAACGAGAUUAGGGCGACUAUUGAGGUCAAGGAUGGGAAGAUCUGGAAGCAGGUGGAUGAGUUCCCCUUGGCGGCUUGGGCGAAGCAGAGCUUGGGGAUGAUGGGGACCGCAUUAAGAGUUGUGGGGAUGCUGGAUGGGAUAGUGAAGAAGAAGGCAGCUGAGAGGCUGGAUGGGUGGUGUGCGAAGAAUGAGGAGUUUAAGGGGAAGGGGUAGUGAGGGUGGGGUAUAUGUGCCUCUGAUUGCGGAGUUUAAUGAUAUCCCUGGGAAUACACAUGAUCUCUUACGAAGUAGAUCUACUUUGUGAAAUCUCCUGGC